AUGUGUUGUGCGCUGGUGUGGGUCAUGCAGAGGCUCCGACAAUACACACUCUAUCAUACGAUUCGCUUACUGUCGAAGGCGGACUCCCUGAAGUAUUUACUUGAUAGCCCGUCCUCCAUGCAGAACAUCGCUAAAUGGCGUUGUCAGUUAACGGAGUAUGACAUUGAGUACGUAUCCCGCACCUCGGUUAAGGGGCAGGCGAUCGCGGAUCAUUUGACAGAAUUCCCAAUUGAAGAUAGCACGCCGAUCAAUCCCGACUUCCCGAACGAGGGAAUUCUCCAAGUAGAGGGUGAGGAGGAAAAACCAGGGUGGAAGAUGUACUUUGACGGUGCCGUCAAUUCCGCGGGGUCCGGCAUCGGCGCAGUAUUGAUAUCCCCGGACGAACGCUACUACCCAGUGGCGGCAAAAAUUGACUUCCCAUGCACCAAUAAUGCGGCCGAGUACGAGACAUGCAUCCUCGGCCUACAAGCGGCGAUCGACUUCAAGGCUACUAUUGGUUCACCAUGGAGACUGAUUGCGUGA